UUCUUUAGUGUAGUUAUGUUUGCUAUAGUGUAUACCUGGAGAGAGUUCCGGGGGUGAACGCCCCCACGGUCCAAUCUGUGACCAGGCCUCAUGGAGGGUCAGGGCCUGAUCAACCAGGCUGUUACUGCUGGCCGUACGUAAUCCAAUGUACGAACCAUAGCCCGGCUGGUCACGUACUGACUUUAGGUGCCUCUCCAGUGCCUGCUUGAAGACAGUCAGGUGUCUAUUAGUAAUCCCCCUUAUAUAUGCUGGGAGGCAGUUGAUUCCUCGUACCAUCGAGAAACCGGGCUCCAUACGGCUUAUUCUGUCAGUGGCCCUCAUAAACCCAACAAAGAAAGUAAGAAAGAAGAAAGAUGGAUUUGUUGACGUAUUGCAAGAGGUUGCCCAAAAUAGAACUGCAUGCCCAUCUUACAGGAUCCCUGAGUGAUGAAACAGUUCUAAAACUCCUCAAUUCCAAACUGAAAUGCGUACACGUCAACUUGCCAAAAUCUGCUGAGGUUACAAUUCGGCGGGGACACAGACGUACACUGGAAGAGUGCUUUCAAAUAUUUGGAAUUUUACACUACCUGAUAGACAACUUGGAGACAGUUAAGAAUAUAACCAGGGAUGUCAUACAGGAAUUUGCUUCUGAUAAUGUCAAGUACUUAGAGCUGAGAACAACACCCAAAUCAGUCCCUAAUAAAAUGACGAAGAAAGAUUACAUAGAGACUGUAUUAGAAGCCAUAUUACAGGAAAUGAAAACCAAUUGCAUUACUGUGCGAUUGCUGUUGUCCAUUGACCGUUCACGUGGCAUUGAUGAUGCUUGGAAUACCCUGCAGCUAGCUAAAGAAUACAAAACUCAUGAGAUAUACAAGAACCUGAUAUGUGGUUUGGAUGUCAGUGGCAAUCCAGCAUGUGGGAAUUUAACAAACUACAUCCCUGUCUUAGAAGAAGCCAAGAAAUGUGGUCUCAAAUUGGCCAUUCACUUGGCAGAGAUACCAAAUGAAGCAGAAACUUUGGCUGUGUUGAGAACUGGCCUUGUGGAUCGCAUAGGUCAUGGUACAUUUAUUCAUCCAAGCAGUGGUGGAUCUCAGGAGCUGCUGUAUUAUGUUCAGCAUUACCACUUACCAUUAGAGUUAUGCCUUUCUUCAAAUGUGAAAUGUGGGACAGUGAAAAAUAUUGAAGACCAUCACUUAGCACACUGGAGAAAGGAGAAUCACCCAGUCAUCAUUUGUACAGAUGACAAAGGCGUUUUUUCCACAUCACUGAGUGAAGAGUUUCACUUAUGUGCUGAGGUAGGUCAGUAAUAGAGAACAUCGACAUAUUAGUCAUGAUUAGACCAACUAGAUGGAUGAUUAUAAUCAAAACUAAGUGUUAAACCACCAGAGUCAUACAGCGCUGCUCUAGAUGGAUGAGCUAAGAAAGUAAAUGGAAGGCAUAUUUGUUUCAAUUAUGAUGUUGCUGGUUAUUAACCUGUAAACAGACCAAACGUAUAUAUACGUUAUCUACCGUAGUGCCCCAAAUUUUUUGAGAAAAAAAAUUUGUUUGUUUUUAAUAGGAAAAAAAGAGCAUAUGGUACGCAGGCAUCCCCCAAUUAUUUUAAUAUGGCACACAGUGAGUGCACACACCCAUUUUCUCAAGCCUGAGUUGCCUAGACAUAUCGUGGCAAUGUUAAAUAUACGACACAUAAAACGUAUAUAUACGUUUGGGGCACUAGCGGUAAAAACGUAUAUAUACGUUUGGACCGUUUAUGGGUUAAAUCAUUAUAUUAGGAAACAAAUGCCAAACUUAGGGGUCAUACAGCCUAGCAUUAAAAAAAAUCACUUAUUAUUAGAUUAAAUAUUUACAGAUGUUUAAUUAUGGUUACCGAUU